AAGUUACAAGAGUAGUGUGAACAAAGUACAAUUCAAUUGUCAUGGUACGGUCCUGAAAACUGCUGAAGUUGAGAGAUUCGGGGUAAGUCCGAAUACCAAUCUGCCUUAAAUCAGUCGAAGUGGAAUACGAAGGGAUAUUCACUGUUGACUGGUCAUAAAGUGAUAGAGGACCGUGUGGAAGAGUUCGGGAUGUGUUCCUGAGGAACAGAUUGACUGCAGCAUCAGUAGUCGACAUAUUUAGAGCAAUGCUCAUGACUCUCAAGGGAUUCAGCACCUCUUGAUGUGUGUUGAUGGACUGUUGUGAUCAGAUUGUGGCGCAAUCUCUAUUAGAAUCUGAAUCAGGGUCGGUCGACACACACUGGUGACGAAGUCUCCGUGAUUAGUUUCGUUGGUCCCCUGUUUCGCUGUUUGUCAUUGUAGAGUAACAGAAAAUCCAUAGUAGAUUCUCCACCCGUCCAAAGCAUUUCUUUUUUCUGUGAGAGAGCAUGUCCCCACACUCCGCAGUUAUGUCAUGUUCUUGUGGGAUGCCCCACACUGCAACAGCCGUAGCAAGGUGGGAAAUUGGGCCAUGGGUAGCCACCUUCUCGGACCACUACAUCAGCAUUAAAGUACCCGCUCUCGAAGUCGCUCUUCAAAAUUUAGUUUGGAAUUGAAUUGGGUAGCCCCAGUGCAGAAACGCUUCCACUGAACACAAUCUGUGCAAGAUGACUUUGAGACAGAUUACUGAGUGGGGUUGAGUUUGUCCGCGGCGUCACGAAAGGAGGUUGUGAGGGCUGGCUUACUCGGGUGUGGUGUUUGAUAGAGUCAUGAGUUCUAUUGGCGCACAGACGCAAUUUAUCUUCUGCAUUGCGACACAGGUGGGCUCUUGUUUAAGCUUGCACAUAGCUCUUCGUUCGAUGAUACUUUUCAAGCUCUCCAAUGCACCUGGCUCGUGUCUGAAUGCUUUUCGUUUAGGUCUCAACUGUCAAUCUGCUAAAUUAAGAGUGUCAGAAUUGAUUAUCUGUGCUAAUGGCUAUCAGAGUAUCUAUUGUGGAACUAGUGUACUUGAAAUGUUUCCUAUUCGCAAUUCUAGCUUGCAUGAUUUCGCCAUUUAGGCCUGGUUAGACAGGAUGUGAAAGAAAGCGUCUAUUGGCAUGGACUUUCGUGAUUGCAACUGACCUUGAUGUGAUUUUAAUUUGUGGUGAAUUGCUCUUCGGCGCGCCCAAGUGGUAAUAUCAAAAAAAAAAAAAAAAAAAAAAAAAAAAAAAUCCAACCCCAAAGCAUGCAGCAUCAUUCGUCAUUCCAGACAGAAGCCAAUAGGAUUGAAUCAGAAUCUCACAGCAGGAUUUAUCCCACGAUCAAGCCACCAACUCCUUGAGCAGUACUCUUCUCUACUCGCAAGAACAUAUAUAUAUAUAUAUAUAUAUAUAUAAAUGCAUAUGAGAGCCCCGUCGUGUGUCACAUCAGCUAUUUCGCGAGGAGCAACUAUUCAUGAUUAUUACAAUUUGCCAGAUACUUGCAGUCACCGAAUUAUUUUACAUGUGAGAAUGAUGUCUUUCAAGCACCAGAAAGGGUAAAGAAGGCGCACAUUGACACCACAGUUGAUGGCGAGGGUAUCUACCGCAUCCACGGAGGCAGAUUUUCUCCCUGCUAUGGUACCCUUCGAUUGGGAAUCUGCGCCAGGGAGACCUGCGAAGCAAAGCAUGAAGAAGUCUGCAUGUGAUGGAGACGCUUUUGCUAAGAGGGAUAUCGAGCCGCCGUCGUUGCAGCUUCCUCCUGGACAAAGGCCUAAGGAUGGAUUUUAUCUGCCAUACUCCAGGCCUAUGGAAUAUCCGAAGCUGCAGAACGAAGAGCACGUCAAGGUGAGAGGCAUUGUGUCCCGGGCUCGAGAAUGGUUCAGCCUUAAGGUGCCUGAGUGCUCUUCGAAGACGAGUACUCCAUUGAAAAGCUUCAAGCCGCCUUGGAUUCGUAAGGAGGGGGUGCACUCAUGUGCGAGCAUUUUUAAUCCUUUGUCCGGCAACAAGAUUGUCUCCAGAAUCACAAGGAGAAUGCUAGUAGAGUUCCAGAAGAAACAAUCUUCCUUGCGACGAUGCUUACCAUCGAAGCUGGGGAGUGAGAAUCAAAAGAAAGGACAUCCUUCACACGAUGAUCCCAACAGGGGGAGGAGAUUGGACUCUGCAGACGAAGAAUAUGUCACUGCAGCCGAUUCUUCAACCCUAGUAUGUUCUCUUCGGUCUUCACCUUGUCAUGACCAUCGCCACGUACAAAAUUCGUCAGUUGUGGCGCCGAAGCAAUCACAGGUCGUCGCGAGUAGCCGAUUUAUGGCGACCAUGUUGAUGUCUCUCUGUUCUGAGGCUGAUGAGGUACAUGCUGCUGCAGUCCAUGGAACCGAAAACAAAUGCAGUGAUGAAAAUAGACUCUCGCAAUCCACAAGCCGAAGAGGAUUGAGCACCUCUUCUGAAUCAAUAGUCGCCACUCCACUAACAGUGCCCGACGUUUCUGAAAUUGUGAUGGAUCAAGCAUCAGAAACUAUUUUAAUUCGUGAAAAAAUCAAAUAUCCUGCACCCAUAAUCGCAGAGGUACAUUUGCCAACGCUACCUGUUGCUGAUCGAAAAAAUAGAUCGGAGAGUUUACAGAAGGAGCUCGGCAAAGAUGGCCAACCGUUCGAAAAUUCCAGGAGUGGAAAGCUUGCACCAUCCAGUAGACAUCAAUCUGAGGAUUAUGCAGAGACAUGUAAUAGGAAAAUCGUCCCAGAUCAUAAGGACGUCGCUAAUGAGCACACGUUAAUCUCUAAAGCAUCUCCAGGCAGGAGAGUGAUGCGGACAAGAGGACCUUGCAAUGCUUCUUUUUCAUGGAAAUCGUGCGGGACCCAAGGUCAGCUACAUCAGGAGUCUUUUUCGACUUUGGUGGAAUCUCACGGGCAGGAAUCUGGAAAUUCUGACUUCGUGAAGGAUAUUUUUGAGGAUGCUAGGGAGGAAUACGAGCGCCGAAGCAGUUACAGCUCCCUAGUCCGGAAUUACUCGACAGGAAGCAGCUCUUCUUCGUCACCUGAACACGAAGUCGUAAGAAGACGACCUGAUUCUUUAAGCGCACCUAUUCACACGUAUAAAGUAGCACCGGUAGCUGUAUCGGAACCGGGCAAUGCUUUAGGGUCUAUAAGAUGCCAGUCAAAUGCGGAACAAUCUCAUAUGAUAGAUCAUUCUUUAGAAGAGCGAUCGGAGUGGGAGAAACGACAUGCCACAACAGCAAUUUCAAGUCACCUGCAUCCGAUGCAGAAGCAAGGCUUACAGCAAGGGACUGGAUCGGGCAGGAUCAGAAUAAGAGAGAUGAGGGCGCCAAUUUCAACGAAUAUCUGGAAAGAAGUCCUAAUUUCUUCGCCUCUAUGGCCAGCUCUUUCAAAAGCUCAUGCUGCUAGUGGCGAUGACAACAAGGACGAAUCUGACUGGUUGUCUGAUAGCAUUAGCACGGAUUCAUCAGAGUACGAAACUCCAAGUGCAAUCUCGCAUCCCCCUUUAGUUUCGUCUCCAGCGAGGUGCAAUUCUCCAUCCCCAAGACCUGCAACACGGAACGUCUCGAAGAACCUGCUGGAGUCAUCCCAGUUGCAUCAAUCCGAGCUUCUGCAGCAACAGAGCCACAGUGAGUCGCCACCGACUGCCUCGGUUAUGGCGCAUCAUGGGAGUCCAACCGGACGGAGCUCUGGGUUUCAAGAAGGGAUGGCCACGAGUCAUUCUUUUAGCUGUCGUACCUAUGCUUCAGGGGUUACGUUCGCAACCCCUGAAUAUCCCACAGAAUCCGUGGUCUUUGAAGGACCAGAUCUCGCACCAGUGAGCAGAUUUGCAAGGACAUCGACAUCCACUGUAAUGAGCAAACUCGCUCAGUGGGAGGCAGGGGCUGGAGCGGGAUCCUCCAGCAAAUCCUUACCUACCCUUCUGAGUCGUAGGAGCAUAGCCAAAUGCUCAACCACUACAAGCACACCGGUCACUAAGUAAUUGUGUCUCUACAACUGUGUCUCUUCCUCAGGUGGAAGGGACCUACCGUGAAAGUUUAAUACAUGCUGUAUGCGACGCUUGAACAUCGCGUCCAGAGCUUCAACAUUUUGUAACAACAGAGCCCCUAGAUAUUUGCAUAAAUAUCUCCCAUAUUUCCGAUAAUGGCAUGUGGAAAUUUCUUUAAUCCACGCAAUUUUACAGUUU